GCCACACACCUACCACGUUCCCUCCACUAUACUAUAAAACUCACCGAUUCAUUCCUAUUUCCCUACCGGAGAAGAAGAAGAAAGAGAAGUGUCUAUUCAACUGUCGCAAAAUGUCUACGUCACCGUGCGUCGCCGGAAUCCAGGUGGAGAACGUUACUUUCCCUCCAAAUGUCAAGCCCCCGGGUUCCACCAAAACUCUGUUCCUCGGUGGCGCAGGGGAGAGAGGAUUGGAAAUCCAAGGAAAGUUCGUUAAAUUCACAGCGAUCGGAGUUUACUUGGAAGAUAUCGCUGUGGAGUCCCUCGCAGUUAAGUGGAAGGGUAAGAGUGCCGAGGUGUUAACGGAAUCCGUUGAGUUUUUCAGGGACAUCGUUACAGGUGCCUUCGAGAAGUUCAUACGGGUGACAACAAUCCUGCCAUUAACGGGUCAGCAAUACUCUGAAAAAGUGUCAGAGAAUUGUGUUGCCAUUUGGAAAUCUCUUGGACUUUACACUGACGCAGAAGCAAAAGCCAUUGAAAAGUUCCUUGAGGUCUUCAGGGAUGAAAACUUCCCACCUGGCUCCUCCAUUCUUUUCACGCUAUCAGCCCAUGGUUCAUUAACAAUCAGCUUUUCCAAAGAUAGUUCUGUGCCACAAGUUGGGACAGCAGUGAUCGAGAAUAAACUACUUGCAAAUGCAGUGCUGGAGUCUAUCGUUGGCAAGGAUGGCGUUUCUCCUGUAGCAAGGAAAAGCAUGGCAUCAAGAUUAUCAGCAUUGUUCGAUGACUCUGUUGAGAAGGCUGCCCAGAACGGGAAACCGGAGUGUCAGUAGUUCCCUGUCUCUCAGAGCAGCUGAUAUGUAAUUUCUUCUUCAACCGUGUGUGUGCUUAGAAAAUAAAAUAGAUUUAUAACAUAGAGAGUCAAAUAUUCCACGAAUCAUCUGGGGUAUCUCUGUUUGGAGGAAAUGAUUCCAGAUGUGACAAAUAACAAAAGUUUAUGUAUUUUUCACAGCUGGAGUUGGACCAAAUUUGAGUUUUCACAUUUUGUAUGUGAUUAACUUUAUUGGCCAUAUUUCUAUUUGUCAAUUGCCAUGAUAUGGUUAGAUUUAAAACUGAAUUAGAGUAUGCCAUGCGAUGCAAUCCUGUAAUAUAAGCAAAAUAAUGUUUAUUGAAA